UUAUUUUCCUGAUUCUCUAUUUAUUGGUAUUGCAUUUUUAGCAAAUAUGUGGCAACUAUUUUUAAGCAAAUAUGUGAAAACUUUCUCGAUUCUCUAUUUCAUGCGUCAUCUCUUUAGAAUCCUCUUUGUUCAUGCGUCAUUUUUUGGUGUUUUUAGGCUUAUAGUCAAAUUUAUUCUAGUUUACAUGAUGCUGGACACUACGAGUUUGCUUGUCUUCAAAACUCAAUUCGGACACGGAUUUAACUGCAUGAUAAGGUUAAUUGUGCCGAUUCCGUCCCUUCUUCAGCACCUGGUUGUUGACUUUAUAGCUAAAAUUAGACAGAUUGAUACUUUAAGCCCUAAUGUCUCAAUAUUCUGCAUUUGCAGUAUGCAACCAAUGCUAUUACAGUCAGGAUGUGAACUACUAAUGAAAAAGCGCUCUUCUCAACUUAUUGGCGAGGGAAUUGCUCCAAAACCUAAGAAAAUGGUUGGAUAGAUGAAAUUGCAAGGUAAUAUUUGAUUUCCUAUCUUUGAAGUUCUGACCAAGAACAAAUGGAAAUUGACCAUUCCAUUGUGUGACCAAUCACUAAUGUAUGCAGUCCGAAAGGUGAAAAUGGCUCUCUCGACCCAUCAAAGGCUUCACUUUUUCAUCCCUUCGGGCACCAUUGAUAAAAAUUGAUUUUGUUCAAUAUCAGUUUUACAAUUUACAAUCAACACUCUCUACUGGCUGGAAAGCACUUCGAAAAAUAUAUUUUGUUCGCAUUCCUCCAAAUGGUUCCUUUCCACGCUAGAGCUUGGCAUAUGUUUUGCCUAACGCUUAGUAUGUGAAACUAGUUUUUAGACUCUUGAAAAUUGGGUUAACAACUUUGCGUAGCAGUUCAUCUGCUCUUGAAGUUGUUCAAGGUACGUGGACCCUAUACAUGAGAAAUUUAUGGUUUUUGCAGUUUCAAUCACCUUUUCUAUUAUUGGCAAGGAUUUUAGCUUUGAUGUUCCUUUUCACAGUAGUUCAAACACGUUGAAUUUUGUUACCUCUGUUUGAUUGCUUCUUUUUAUUAGUUUUUCGGGAU